AUGUCCGAUGCACCUGCAUCCGAUGACGAUCUGCCUCGCUUUGAGCCCAGCCGAUCCGACGCGUUUCUACGGCCACCAAACCUAUCGCGACGCUCCUCCCGCAAACGCUCGUUUGAUACCACACUCCCAAGCGACCCACCCAUAUUUAGCAGCGAUGAUAAUCCAGACAUAGGGUUAGAAGACUAUGAUCCCGUGGAAAGGGUCAAGCGGCAGUCUCAUGGUCCGUGGUGGCAGCAGUCUAGCAAACCGAUGAACGAUGCCCACGGUCGGAGCCUAUGGAAUCAGGCUGUCAAGAGGAAACGAUCGAUGUCGAGGAAAAUUGACAGUGCCGUAUGGAUGGAUUGCAGCUCCGAUCUAAUCGAGCUAGACAACGAUGCUGAGGAGCCUACACUCCCUGAGUCCAUCUACGAUGCCUCCGAGCUGUGCGCCAGGGAGUUGAUAUCGAAAGCUGUUCAGAAGAAUGAGGAAAUAUUUGACCUUGCGCGGCUGGGUUUGAGCGAGCUCCAUUCUUCCACAUUCAAACCACUGGAGACUGUUAUCCGGCACCCCAAAACGGUGGACAGACCGCCUUCGCCCGGCUAUGAGUCGAUUGCCCCGAGACUCAAUAUAUUUCUAGCCAAUAAUGGGUUGCGGUCCCUCCCAGUCGGAAUGCUUAACCUCCAAUAUCUCACGGUACUCUCCCUUCGCAACAAUCGUCUCGAAGAACUGCCGAAUUCCAUUGGCCAACUUUACAAUCUAGAAGAGCUUAAUGUCUCUUGCAAUAACUUGAAAUGGCUUCCAUUUGAGCUGCUCAGCCUCUUCAAGGCGGAACAACCCCUCCCUGGUUGGGAAGAGCCUGCUCUUAACUUGUAUGGAAAACUUCGGAUAUUCAACUAUUCAAUGAAUCCAUUUCUCGAGCUGGAAGGCUGCCAAGCCAAAGACCGGGGUCAGACCUUGACGGCCGAGCACAUGUCAUUAUCAAUGAAAUUGCUGUGUCGGGUCACCCAGUCCUUGGAAGGAGUGUCAGUUGAGCAAGUGAGAAGCAAGGAUUUCUCUAGGCAUCCACCGACGUUUCUUGCUGCAUCACCCCCUUUAUACUUCGAUCAGCAGGACGUCGAUUCAAUACCCACAGAAAUACAGCCAUCGGGAAUCUCAACAGCAGAUCCGGCGCCACUUUCGCUGUUAAGGGAACCGUGGGAAAUAGAUGCAGAAUCCGCAUCAGGAGAAACAUCUAAUAGUACGAUACCCCAGAAGCACAGGGCGCCAUCACUGAGGGAAUUAUCCCUCCGCCGCAUCUCGCGUGAGUUGCUCAGUUUCGACCAGUUUUACACUGAUUGCCCUCCGCGUACGGCCUCGGAGAUUUGGGAGAUUUUAGGAUGCCAAGGCCUCGACCUUCCUACUCCGCUUGCAAGUGGAUUGCAAGCUGCUGCUGCACACACUGUACGAGCAGCUACGCGGCCGGAAAAUGCAUUUGAAGUUUCUACGACUGCAGACGUAUGCGCGAAACAAUCAAAACUGGACGGCCGACCGCUCGUGGUCCACCACCACUGUUCCGCUUGUGGCAAAUUCUUCGUCCAACCCGGAAGCGAAUGGUUCGAAUUCUUCUUCUUGGGAGACAUUGUGGCGUACUCUUUCCAGCCUUUGGUUAAUGAAGGACGGUUCCCCGCUCUCGUUCCUUUCCGACGGACAUCGUGCUCACGAUCGUGUGCUCGACCUACACGAAUCACACGGGAGAGCUGGAACGAGGAGGCCAAAGACAAUGCACUGGUGAAGUUCGCAACGUUGCUUCUGGACUGA